AGCAACAACUCACACAUGUUUAGUCAACACUUUGAAAUAAGAAGUCAUAUUUAUAAGAUGUCUCAUCAUUUUACAUUUUAUGAUCUCAUCAUUUUGACUUUUUUAUCUCACAAAAAAGCCAAAUAAAACAAACUGUUGUCUGAGUGAUAAUAAAAUAACUUUUUCCUCAUAAUUUAGAAUUGAGUAUCUCAUAAUUUGACAUUUGUUCUCCUAUUCAAAACUUCAGUUCAACUUUCCCUCCUAAAAGUCCAAAUAAAAGAAAGUAUUGUCUUAGUCGACUCCAACGAUCACUCGACCGUCCAUAACGAGACUACAUCCUCUUUACAACUCGCCCUGGUCCAGUCCAGUUCCAAGAUAAGACGGGAGUCGUCAUGUCAAACAAAAGCUUUAUUCGAAGUCACAGUCCACGGCUGUAAAAAAGUCCCAUAAGAGAGUUCGUUGACCCGAAGGUGGUCCCGGUCCGCAUGUCCCUCGUAAAAACUGCUUAUGGCCCCGUCUUUGAUGGACAGCCAAGGAGGGCGGAGCGAGGACUAUAUAAGGACCAGCAGGUCUGGGCCUCGGCACCUCCUGAGCCCACACCUGCACCAUGGCCUUCGCUGGAAGAUACGAAACGGAAACCCAGGAGGGCUACGACGACUUCUGCAAGCUUCUGGGUAAAGUCCGGACCACCUAAGUGGUUUCUCUCCCCCCCCCCCCUCAGUCUUCAACCAUCUCCUCCUCCCGCAGGCAUCCCGGCCGACGUCAUCGAGAAGGGCCGCGACUACAAGCUCAUCACCGAGGUGACCCAGGACGGGAAGAACUUCUCCUGGACUCAGGUCUACCCCACCAACGCCAAGGUGACCAACAAGUUCACCGUGGGCCAGGAGUGCGACAUGGAGACCAUCGGGGGCAAGAAGUUCAAGGCCACCGUGUUCCUGGAGGGCGGCAAGCUGAGCGUCACCUUCCCAAACUACCAGCACACCUCUGAGAUCCAGGCGGGGAAACUCAUCGAGGUCAACUUCCACUUUUUCAUACUUCUUUCUCAAAAUAAUGCAAAACUAAUCUGAACGUUUGACCUAAAGAGGACCUCUGAGGUUUUAAAUCUACAUUUCAAACAUGUCCAUGGUCUGGAUCAGGGGUUCUUAGCCAUAGGGCCCAUUGUUGAUGCCCCUAGGGCCCAUUUUUUAUGGCCCUAGGGGCCGCCAUAAAAUACCUGUUCCUGGGCCGCAGUGGUACUCAGGUGUAAUACACUUUUCCACCACUUGGGGCAGUAAUGACAACAUCAAACAAACAGAAGAAGUCUGGAUCUAAAGUCAUAGAGAAGUUUCUUAAGCGCAAAAAAAUAUGACUAAAGUGGUGAGGCUGUAUUUUAAUUUGCAAUUUGAUUUUAUUGACAGUUUACUACUGUCUAUAUUAUGUUAUUUUUAAAUGUAGCUUCCUUUUUUUAAUUGUAUUUAAUAUUUUAUUUGUAUUUGAUUUAUUUUAUCUUAUUUUCUUGUAAUUUAAUUUGAUAUAUUUCAAUUUUUUCAUUUCAGCUCAGUCAUUUUUGAAUAGGAUUAAAAUCAAGAGUAAAAUGACUAAUUUGUUGUUAAUAUUUGACAGGAUUUUGACUUUUUAUCUCAUAAAAAG